AUGGCAGGUGAGCUUCUGCCCCCUGGAGCACGGCUGGUCUGCACACCGAUCGUACUUCCGCCAGUGGCCGACUUCAGGUCUCCCCGGUGGCGUAAGUUGGGAAACUCACUGCAUGAGGAUAAGCCCUGGUCGACGCUGUCCAUACGGAAGGGCUACGGAACAUUUUCAUUUCGGAUGCCGACGCCUGAAUCUACAUCUGCAAUAGAGCAAAACGACCACAGAGGAACUAAUGAUUUACGUCUUUUUACACCAAUCCACAUGCUUAUUGGCAAUAAUCUGUAUCACUCGGGCCUUUCGCGAAUGGUCGCGUCUCCAGGCAUAAUGGCACCUUUGCCCGACACACCGGCAGGCAGGCCACCGGUUCUGAAAGCUGCAUACCUGGCCCCCGCCACCUCGCCGCCACACCCAGCUCAACCCCAACCCCCGCUACAACAUACCUUUCAGCACCAGCUCUCCACAUCCCUCUCGUCACACACCACGGACGCAACUGCUAGAAGGACCGCUUACUUGUCCGAACUACGAGGCGCUGUGGUCUCGCUGCAGGGCGAGGUCAACGCUUAUUUGACCGCACGGAUGGAAGAGGACAGCGCUCGGUCAGCCAGAGUAGAGGGGAAAGACGAAACCAAGGAAGAAGAGAAUUAUGGAGAAGAGGUGGUCAACGAAGAGGAGGAUGAAGAUUAAGUGACAGCUACACGUUUUCGAGGUCCUCAUCAAAUUUGACGUGGAUUGAAAUGAUAAGGUCCGCAGAUGAAGCCUUGGAUUUGAUAUGGUUGGGAUACGAUGAAAAAAGACAACCGGGUAUCAGUUGGAUCGCGACAAUCGCAUAUUCUCGACCGGAAAAAAAAAAAGAGAGAAUAAGGCGAGAAGUGUAUAUACAGUCGAAGCAAAAAAGUUCCCAGGACGUGAUCCAGUCUUAAAAACAAUAUCAGAGAGCACCGUUCCCAGACAAACCGAGGACAAAAAAAUAUUCCCCUGAAAAAUCCGUGCUUUAAACGCCGGAGCUUCGUCUAUUAACACAACCGAGAUGUACGACCGUAUUGCUACAGGGACGCUGAUGACGCUGCCACCCAACCGCUUGUGACAGACACCGCACAUUCUCUCCUCUGUCACUGUUACGAAUCGAUUCCUCCCUCUGUUUCCUCCCAGAAGUCCAUCGCCGAUUAACAGGUCAGCCUCGGAAUUGAUACUUUGCACUUUUCUCAAAGCCGCGACAAUCCUGC